CCGGCGGCGGCCGAGGUUGAGGGGGUGGGCGGGGAGAAGCCCCUAGGGGCUCCAGGUGUUCUGGUGUCGUGGGGUCGCCCUGGUUUGGUGUAACGGAGGCAGCGCGGGCCCUGACGGCGUGGAGGCCUGCUGCGUGACCUCUCUCUACACGGUGGUCGCACGUCUGAAACAUGGCUUCAGACUGGCUGGGAAGUAUUGUGUCUAUCACCUGUGGCGAGAGCUUGGGCGUUUAUCAAGGAAGAGUGUCUGCGGUGGAUCAGGUCAGCCAGACCAUUUCUCUUACCCAGCCUUUCCACAAUGGAGUGAAGUGCCUUGUGCCAGAAGUCACCUUCAGGGCAGGUGACAUUACAGAAUUAAAAAUUCUGGAGAUACCGGGUCCUGGAGACAACCAACAUUUUGGAGACCUUCAUCAGACAGAAUUAGGCCCCUCUGGUAUUGGGUACCAAGUGGGUAUCAAUCAGAAUGGCACAGGCAAGUUGGUCAAGAAGCCAGUCUCUUCCAGCAGUGCCCCUCAGAGCAUCCCUAAGAGGACAGACGUGAAGAGUCAAGAUGUUGCCAUUUCCCCCCAGCAGCAGCAGUGCUCAAAGAGCUAUGUGGAUAGGCACAUGGAGUCCUUGGCUCAGUCCAAGAGUUUCCGGCGGCGCCACAACUCUUGGUCAUCCAGCAGCAGGCACCCAAACCAGGCAACUCCAAAGAAAAGUGGCUUAAAGAAUGGUCAAAUGAAGAAUAAGGAUGACGAGUGCUUCGGGGAUGACAUCGAGGAGAUCCCAGACACUGAUUUUGAUUUUGAAGGGAACCUGGCCCUUUUCGACAAGGCAGCGGUGUUUGAGGAGAUCGACACCUAUGAGAGAAGAAGCGGCGCCCGCUCUCGCGGCGUCCCCAAUGAAAGGCCUGCUCGCUACCGUCAUGAUGAGAACAUCCUGGAAUCUGAGCCCAUCGUAUACCGCCGCAUCACCGUGCCCCACAGCGUGGGCAAGGAGUUCUGCACAGACUCCGGCCUGGUUGUCCCGAGUGUGUCCUAUGAGCUGCAUAAAAAGCUGCUGUCAGUGGCUGAAAAGCACGGGCUGACGCUGGAGCGCAGACUGGAGAUGACUGGUGUAUGUGCCAGCCAAAUGGCGCUCACCCUCCUCGGAGGACCCAACAGACUGAAUCCCAAAAACGUUCACCAGAGGCCUACCGUUGCCCUGCUCUGUGGGCCCCAUGUCAAGGGAGCCCAGGGGAUCAGCUGUGGGAGGCACCUAGCCAACCAUGACGUUCAGGUCAUCCUCUUCCUGCCCAAUUUUGUCAAGAUGCUGGAGUCUGUUGCCAAUGAGCUGUCUCUCUUCAGCAAGACCCAAGGCCAGCAAGUCUCUAGCCUCAAAGAUCUGCCCACAAGCCCAGUGGACCUGGUGAUCAACUGUCUGGACUGCCCCGAGAACGCCUUCCUGCGGGACCAGCCCUGGUACAAGGCAGCUGUGGCCUGGGCCAACCAGAACCGGGCACCGGUGCUCAGCAUAGACCCUCCUGUGCAUGAAGUGGAGCAGGGCAUUGAUGCCAAGUGGUCCCUGGCUCUGGGCCUGCCGCUGCCCCUGGGCGAGCACGCAGGCCGGGUCUAUCUCUGCGACAUCGGCAUCCCCCAGCAGGUGUUCCAGGAGGUGGGUGUCAGCUACCACUCGCCCUUCGGCUGCAAGUUCGUCAUCCCGCUGCACUCUGCCUAGAGGGGCCCUGGGAGGCGGGGCUGCUCCUGCCUCUGACUAGACAACGAACGCACGCCUUAAGGAUGCGGAGCUCCAUGGACCUUGUUACAAGGUUUUUCUUUUGGGUUAGUUUCUUCUGUGAGACCAGAACCUAUUUAAAACUGCCCCCGCCAGGCAGGCUUUCCCACUGGGUGUGCGUGGUGGGCGGCAGGCCAUGUGCAGUGGCUCCAGGCACCACCACGCGUGGCCCGAUCCUGCGGGAUUUUGUUUACAGACAUAGGCAGCUCCGACUGUGUUCAGGUUUACAGCCACGACGCCGGGCAGGUCCUGCUGGCACUCUUCUGUCCCAAGCUCCUGGCUUUGUUCCCCGCUCCCCCCUGUGCCCUUUCCUCUGAUCAUGUAGAAGUCACUGCCGUGUCUCUUGAGGACCGGUGUACAGUCUCCAUUCAUUUUGUGAGAGCUGUGGGGCCUUCCUGGCGCCCCACAACUGAGGUGAUUUGGAGGCGUUUGACCCUUUCUCCUGAGCUGAUCCAGUUUCCUCCUGGGUUUUUUCAAGAGUCCUUCUUCCUGUCACUUGAGGCUGAGACAGGGUGGCAUCAGGAUGUGACUGUCAUGGGAUUUUAUACUGUUUUCUGUUGUCUUCAGCACAGGUAGCACACAGCUGUGUUACUGUGGAACCACAGUGCCCAUCUGGCCAGCAGUGCCCUCCCCUGUCUUACACCCCUGUAGCUAGGGGCUGACCCUUCAGGCCGCAGCUUUAAUGUUCAGUGUUGGGGAGGCCCCUGGGGAGCCUGGUGCUGAGCCAGGAGAGGCUCCCUGGUGCUUCUGAUCUUGCCCUUGCCCACGUACACCCUUCCUCUGCUGCUUCCCCUGAGCCGUCUCCCCACGGCUGUCAUCCCUUCCCCAGCUCUGUCCAUUCUUGAUGAGUAGGCUUGGGGUCUGUGCCCCCUUUCAGAGAGGCCCAAACAAGGCAGCCCAGGCCCCAUUUAAGAGAUGCCCAGAUGAGGCUAGUUCUGGAUGAGCCAGCUGGUGGCAUUCAGCUUCACACAUACCAGCUGCUCAGAUGCCAAGGCACAUAGCCCAGCCUUCUCUGACGGCUGACAGGACUGGGCAAGCCCUGGAAGGGGCCCCUUGGGAAAAGGCGGCUUGUGCUUGAAAGCCGUGUAGAGGGUUCAGGCUUCUUUGCCCAUCCACUCUGGUUAAGGGGGUAAGUAGGAGGGCUUACAAAGAUCAUGGACACAGGGUAGGCUAGAAAGGGGUUGCAGACAUCUUCUCCUUGUGCUUUUGGAAGCUUGGCCAGGAGCUAAUGAGGCAGGCAGAGGGGGCUGGUUCCUCCUUCCCACCCUAUCUCAGCAGUUCAGCCGGGCAAGGGUCUAGCUACUGUCAGCCUUGCAUUGGGAGGCCUGAGCCUCUGCUCACUCAGGGCCAUACAGCUUCCUGCACAGAACCCUUUAGUCUAAGCAGCAGUGUGGGACUGUAGGCAUUUUAGUACACAGCUGUGAAGCCCGUCUGGCUCCUGCUCAUGGUCAGCACCCCUCCCCAAUUUGGUACAGUGGAAAACGAGAUAGAAGCACCCUGACCCAGAAGUUCUAGGGGCUCAGAGCACUGUGAUCUUGUUGAGGGACCACUGGGAGUUUGUGCUGGCAACUCCCUCUUUUCUCCAGGGAGCACCGGGGCCUCUUCCUGCCUGGCCUCCCCCAGUGGUGUUAAAGACAAGCUCAGUUUCUCCAGCCUCAGCCGCCUUUUCAGAGGCAUCCCACCCGCUGUGUGCAGUCCUGGGUCAGAUUGUCAUGUGACUCCUGGGGAGAGCUGCUGAAAACCAGCACGGAAAUAAAGCUGAACAACAGCC